AGUAUAAGAAAGGAGAACAUUAGCUGCAGAAGCUCUUCUCAGGACGAAUUAAUGACUGCAGGAAUAAGAAGACGCAGAGCUGAGUAUCUUCAUGAAUGAAGAUGACACUGGAAACCAUCAACGCCACGGUGAUGCAGGGCUUCAACCGGUCCGAGCGGUGCCCAAGAGACACCCGGAUGACACAGCUGGUGUUCCCCGUCCUUUACACGGCGGUUUUCCUGACGGGCGUCCUGCUGAACACGCUGGCCCUGAGGACGUUCGCGCACAUCCCCAGUUCCUCCACUUUCAUCGUCUAUCUCAAGAACACGUUGGCGGCCGACCUGUUAAUGACACUCAUGCUUCCUUUCAAAAUCCUCUCUGACUCACACCUCGGACCUUGGCAGCUAAGAGCUUUUGUGUGUCGUGUCUCGGCCGUGAUCUUCUACGAGACCAUGUACAUAGGCAUCGUGCUGCUGGGCCUCAUAGCUUUUGACAGGUUCCUCAAGAUCAUCAGACCUUUUGGAAAAUAUUUUAUUAAAAAACCUGUUUUUGCAAAAGUGGUCUCAACCCUCAUCUGGUUCCUGUUGUUCCUCAUGUCCCUGCCAAAUAUGAUCCUGAACAACAAGGCGGCGACGCCGUCGUCUGUGAAGAAGUGCGCAUCGCUGAAGGGCCCUCUGGGGCUGAGAUGGCAUCAAGUGGUCACUUACAUAUGCCAGUUUAUUUUUUGGACUGUUUUUGUUCUAAUGCUUCUGUUUUACACGGUAAUUGCAACAAAAGUAUACAGUUCUUACAAAAGGUUCAGAAGUAAGGAUGGCAAAAACAGCAAGAAGGUGGAGGGGAAAGUGUUUGUGGUGGUGGUGGUGUUCUUCGUGUGCUUCGCUCCGUUUCACUUUGCCAGAAUACCUUACACUCACAGUCAGACCCACAACAGCACCGACUGCAGGCAGGAGAAUCAACUAUUCAUCGCUAAAGAAACAACCCUCUUUUUGGCAGCAACUAACAUCUGUAUGGACCCCUUAAUAUACAUAUUCUUAUGUAAAAAAUUCACACAGAGACUGCCGUGUAUGAAAUGGAGGAAGACCACAGCAUCAAGCCAAGAACACUGCACCAGUCAGACAGACAACAUAACCCUAGGCUGACGACUGUGUACAUGGCUAAUUUCUAUCUAGUAAUGAGACGUUAAAAGGUCACUGAUUUGGAAAUCAAAAUUAAGCAGCAAAAGAAAAAAUACGGUAAUAAAUGAUUUCUUACAUUAUCCUAGUGUAUAGCAAAGGCUGUGUAACUUAACUCCAAGCAUCCAUUGGUAAGCAAAACGAACCAACACUGAGAACCCAACAGAAAGCAAAUGGUCACCUUUUUAAGGAUAUUCAAUUAAUACUUGGGAAAGAUUAAUAACUGUUCAUCCCUAAAACCUCCUCUCUAAACAUCCCACAGUCUUUCACAUAUAAUUUCGACAAUGCUACCUCCUUUAUAGCACUAAAAUGCUAAUAUUUCUGACAUAAACAAACCCCAACUUCCAAAGUUCAUCUAUAAAAGUGACAGUGAGGGGUUGAAACAGAGGCUAGGUAUGAAGAGUCUGAGGAUUCCAACUGGCUGAAAAAAACCCUCUGAAAUCCUGGGGGAAGAAUUUCUCCUUAGGAUUAUAAAGAGCCCCUUCUGUAUUUCAACAGUACACUACCGGAGGUACACGCAACAUUAAAUCCUCCACUCACACUCAGUGUCUAUAAACCGGGGAGGAGAAUGCUUUGUUUUUCAGCAAAGCUUCCCUGGGCCACAGUGUCUGUAGCCCAACUCUACCAUCCUGGCUGAAAAUAACCACUUCACCACUCUGAGUGCAUGUGAAGUUCCUCUUCACAGAGUUCCCUUUAAGAUUUAACUGCAGUUCUUGACUGUAUCCCCUAACGAUAGUUAACAUUCUUAAAAGGCAGAUAAGUUUUCUUGAUAUCUUCCAAAGUACUUCCCAUAGAUCAUGGAUUACAGACAUGUGUUAAGUGUAAUGUGCUAUCCGUGGUACACACAAGAAAUGUAGCUGCUGACCCACAAGCAGUAAUAUCCACAUUAGAAGAUUUUUUUCAAACCCUACUUAUUCUUACUUACUACUAUUUUUUCCUGAAUCCCUUUGUGGGUUAAAAAUAUUUUUUAAAGGAAAAUGUGGUUUGGAAUUAUGGGUGCUAAUUUAUACUAGCUGGAGGAAACACACAAAGGAAGAAUCAUCCUCUAUAAAUGUGUAUGUGUCACCAGCUCCAACACAAUCAUCGAAACGCACAGCCCAGGCCUCCUUCCUCCCGUGGCCAUCAGGCCCCAGAGGCCACAGAACUUACCCUUCCGGAAUCAUAUGCUAACCGCUUUUUCAUUCCUCUAACUUUAUACAGCUGCAUAAAACUGCAGUUGCCAGGAUGUGCUAUGCUUUUGCCCCUGGGGCACUGCACACACUUCCUUCUCUUCACCUAGCAACUUUUUCUUCUGUGAAACCCUAAGUUGCCAUCACUUGGUCUGUGGAAUCUCAUCUGGCCCAUCUCCCACUACCACCUCAAAAUCAACCACUCCGUCAUCUGCAUGUUGUCAUGCCUCAAUUAUUGUACUUAUCACAUUGCUUUGUAAUUACGUGCUGAAAUACAAACCUACUCUUAAACAACCUGUAUGUACUUUUGAUGGCAGAGGCUGCCUCAUUCUGUAAUUAAUAAAUAUUUCAUCAAACAAA